AUCGAUGACGAUGGAGGACUUCCAACGAGACACUACAACAAAUAUCGAUAAAAGCCCGUGAUCCCAACCCCUCUCCAGAUUUCGAGAGGACCGCUUGUCUCUCGUCUAUCGUUGAGACUUACUAUUAGGAGACUCGAACGAAAUGUUACGCUCAAGCUUCAUUGCCUCUUGCCUUGCUGCUGCGGUGGCAGCACAUGGCGACCAUAGUCAAAAGGUCGUGGCCGGUCCGCAUCAAGGCUUGUGGUACAAUACGUUGCCGGGAGAUGGAGGCACUCAGGCAGAUUCCGUCUUCUCCGGCAUCUCGACCUUUGGCCGUCUACCAUACCUACCAUGUCUAGCCAGCAAAGAUAUCAACUACGACAUAGCCUUUAUCGGCGCCCCCUUCGACACCGGCACUUCAUAUAGACCCGGUGCUCGCUUCGGUCCAUCGGGAAUACGUCAGGGAUCACGUCGUUUAAACCUCUAUGGCGGCUACAACGUCCCCCUAGCCACCAACCCCUUCAACAGCUGGGCGACCGUAAUCGACUGCGGCGACAUCCCCGUGACCUCGUACGACAACACCUUCGCCCUCUCGCAGAUCGAACAAGGCCACCACUCCAUCCUCUCCCGCGCCCCCACCACCGACUCCCACCAACCGGGCCCUUCCCUCUCGGGAAAAACCCUCCCGCGCGUCAUCACCCUCGGAGGCGACCACACCAUCACCCUCCCCCUUUUGAGGAGUAUCAACCGCUCUUACGGCCCCGUUUCGGUCAUCCACUUCGACAGCCACCUGGACACGUGGCGGCCCAAAGUCUUUGGGGGCUCGCCCUCGGAGGUCGCUUCAAUAAACCAUGGGACGUACUUUUAUCAUGCGGCGCAGGAGGGUUUGUUGAGGAAUGAUAGUAAUAUCCAUGCGGGCAUCAGGACGACGCUGAGUGGGCCGAGCGAUUAUGAGAAUGAUGGGUAUUGCGGGUUUGAGAUUGUGGAGGCGAGGGAGAUUGAUACGAUUGGGACCGAGGGGAUCAUAAACAAGAUUAGGGCGCGGGUGGGGACCGAGAGGCCGGUUUAUUUGAGUUUGGAUAUUGAUACGCUUGAUCCUGCUUUUGCCCCAGCUACUGGUACCCCCGAGACCGGCGGGUGGUCGACUCGUGAGCUCAGGACGAUUUUGAGAGGGUUGGAGGGAAUCAAUAUCAUUGCUGCUGAUAUUGUGGAGGUUGCGCCUGCCUACGAUACCAACGCUGAGCACACGACCAUGGCGGCAGCUGAUGCCUUGUACGAGAUCAUGAGCGUCAUGGUCAAGAGAGGACCGCUCAGCGUAACCAGUGCGCCGCGCGAUCUUUAGAGCGUUGACAGAUGAGGUACAAGACGAACAGGUUGCCGACCAACCUGAAGAUGGGGUGUGGCUCUGCGCUUAGAGUGGGUGAAACCUCUUUGGGUUUAGGUAUGAGGUGACAGGAAUAUCAACAUUCCAAAUUCAGAUUGAGUGACUUUCCAUUG